CAUGGUCCCUGUUUCGAAUGUCGGGAACGCGCCCUGGGUAGGAGGCCGCGCGUUCUGCUGGGGACACAACUUGUUCAAAUCUAAAGCUCAAGGUCGUUGACAGCCUCCGGUACCUUGGAUUUCAGGAAUAUCCUCUCCCACCCCCCUUCCCCCUCUGUCAGAGCAUGGCUCAGGAGACCAAUCAGACGCAAGUGCCAAUGCUUUGCACUAUGGGAUGUGGUUUCUAUGGUAACCCCCGCACCAAUGGCAUGUGCUCUGUCUGCUACAAGGAACACCUGCAGAGACAACAGGGAGGGGGACGAACCAGCCCUCCCGGAGAGAAAGCUGCUACAUCACCGUCAGCAUCACCAACAUCAGCGAGUGUAACCGUGGAAGACACAAACUCAGAGCUUAGUACAGAAGCAGCAGGAACCCAAGCUGAGGAACAAACAACCAGUCCCAGUUCUCCGAGCCCAGUAACUCAACAGAUGACAGCUAUGAGCAUCUCCCCAGACUCGGGGGCUGUAGACUCCGAUCGAGCAGUGGUCGAGGAAGCGGAGGAGGAGGAAGACGAGGAGGAGGGCACAUCCAAUAGCGCAGGUGAGCAUCACAUAAAGGGUUUUCAAGAAAAGUCCUUAUAGUGGUGUAAAUGGGAA